AUGCAGCUCAACAAUCAGAAGCAACAGACAGCUACAACGAAUCCUGCAGAGGAGAAGCCUGUUUCAACAACACAGCUACAGGAUAGCAGCACCAACGAGGUGGUGGCCUGCUCGGGCGGACUGGCGGCGAACUCCAAACGAUUUCCAGCCAGUUCAAUCACUAUCCUACCAACAGCAUUGCUUGACGAAGCCCAGCUAAGGAAUUUGCAGAAACUCAACCUUGCUGAUCCGGUUUACAACAAAGCUAGUCCUAUCGACGUCAUCCUGGGAGCUGAUGUGUUUCUCUCGGUACUCCGUGAUGGACAAAUACGUGAUCAGUUCAAACAACCCGUGGCCCAGAACUCGGUUUUCGGCUGGAUCAUUUCCGGUAAGCACAACGACAGCGAUGACAACGAUGCGGCAUUCAGUCUUUGCAGUGAGAUUGAUAUCGACAAAACCCUUCGGAUGUUUUGGGAGUCCGAGGAACUGCAAAAAGCGAAACAGUUCACUCCUGAGGAGCAGCUAGUGAUGGAGCACUGCGAAAAAACUUACAGCCGUGACGGAAGCGGUCGUUUUAUCGUGCGAUUGCCGUUCAACAACAAGAAGCAUGAGAUCGGUGAAAUCUACACUGCGGCAGUGCGACGUCUGCAUGCCAUGGAACGGAGAUUCAAAACAGAUCCGGAAUUCGAGGAAUGCUACAAAGCCUUUAUGAAGGAUUAUGCCAGCCUAGGUCACAUGGAGCGCAUCCCUGAUUCGGAAGUAGAUGUAGGAAGUAACUGCUAUUACCUUCCCCAUCACGCUGUUACAAAGGAGGAUAGUCUCUCGACUAAACUACGAGUCGUUUUUUAUGGGUCGUGCCCUUCAACAACCGGCAUAUCCCUCAAUCAAACGCUCUACGUUGGACCCAACAUAAAUCCGGACUUGUUGGUCGUCCUUUCGCGGUUCCGAACGUCGCUGAUGUGA